GCAAGGAUUCACUCUUUAUUUACCUGCUGGAGAAUCUAGCGGACCCGGUUUUAGAAUGGAACCUCCAAUAUUCAUCCGUAGUUUUCCAUAAUAACCAGGAUUAUUAAAUUAUAUGUCCCACAUCCACGCAGGUCAUGAACACAAACGGGCCUGUGACCCAGCCAAUGUUGGUCAAUUUGCCAAAUAUUGGUAAAAGACGGUCAGGAGAGAUCAAUUGUUCAGAGUUUUUCCAAGUGAUUCUCAUCCCUCCACGUGAACUAGGCUAUCAAAGAACAUCCGAUAUUGGACAUGUCAACUCCGUGGAGAAGAAGCCAGUCAGGAAUAAAAAUGGGAAAGAAAUUUCAGUCUGGAAACGUUCCCAUAUUGUUUUAGGAAUCAUAGCAGUUGCAUUUCUACUCGUAAUAUUAACGGUUUACCUUUCUUUUAAGAUGAAAAAUGUUGAAAAUGUACCAAAAGCGCCAUCCCACGGAUGCAAUUUAGCAUAUGAAAGUUCUCGGAACUCUAACCAUGUCAGACUUAAUAUGAAAUCGGCCAACUGGAAUUUUUGUCGAUAUAGCGAAAAUUCCUUAAUUAUUGAUGACAACGUGGUGAAAAUUGUUGUAAAUUCUGCUAAAAUUGUGUGUCCCGAGAAUGUAAAAAUUUUGCAAGUUUAUCCCAAUUCCUUACAGCCAAGUCAUUAUACCGCCUUAUUUGAUAAAUUUCCUUCAAUCAGGACAAUUUCAUUUAUUGCAAAAAACGGAUGUGGCCAAUUUAUGAGUUUAGGGAGGAAAACUGGGAUCAUACUUAGACAUGUGACGAAUCUAAAAUUUGUCGAGUUUGAAAAUUGCCCCAGAGUUUAUCAAGAAAUUCAGGAAAUAUUUGAAUUCCCCUGUUUACAAGAGAUUGAGUUUGAAUGCAAUAAGUUUACAAGCGAGGAUCUAGGAAUAAUUAGAAAUUUUAGCGUUAUUUCAAGUUCUUUAGGUGUAGUUAAAUGUGCUAAUGAAGUAUCGUGUGGAGAUGCCAUGGAUAUAUUUCAAAAUAGUGAAUUUAUUAUAAAAAAUGAUCGAUGUGAAUGUUAUUGAUAAAAUUACUGGAUAUGUUUUUAAAGAAAAAAGUUAGUAUUAAUUUUUGUUCAUAUGCAAAUAAAGUUGAAUAUACCUUGCGGUAAAAAUUCUUGACAAAGUUUUAAGACAAAUAGUGUACAUAUAUGUACAUAGCCUCGAUAUUAAAAUAGCUUAAUAAUUGAAAACAGACUGAUCUAAUUUUAACCAGAAGGGAAUAUAUGUAGCUUGAUUUGGAAAUUUCAACCAAUCUUGUAAAUUAAAAUUGCUAUGGUAUUAAUAUUUGCAUGUAUAUACCUAGGAAGUAGUACAUAUUUUCUUACAGCUCAUUUUGGCGGAGGGGUAUAUGUAUUUAUAUGUAUGUGGAGUAGAAGGAAUGAUCGCAUACUAUGUACAUAAGUAUCUACCUUAUCAAGUCAUCACAUUUACAAUUUGUAAAUUACAAAUACAUAUUUACUAAUAAAUAACAUGACGUAACUCUAUGGGUUAUAUGAAGCCUGCAAGAAUUGAGAGA